AUGGAUAACCAGAAGAAGCAUUACCGUCAGCCACGCAGGCGACCAGCGCACUUGCGCACCAAGACUGGAUGUUUGACUUGUGGAAAAAGAAAGAAGAAAUGCGACGAGACACCGGAAACCUGCACGAAUUGUUCUCGGGGAAAUCACACAUGUGCAUGGCCAUCGGAGUCCAGCUGUGGUGAGCCUAGCAAACUGAGGCACGUCGCGAGCCCAACAAACCAAGGAGCCACUCCAGAAGAAUUGACCUUGUCACCCUGUACCAUCGAAACCACAUUCCAUAUCGAGUUCAAUGGUAAUCUCAGACAUGCUCGGAAAGGCAUGGAAAUGGCUAAUCCAUGCAUCUAUACACAAAGUCCAUUCAUAUCAUAUUCACCCGUCAUAUCCCGCGAAAGCAUCCCCUUAUUUGAAUUCCUGAGAGCGGCAUUCUUACCCACUCUCAUACACCCAAUGGCUCAUCCAGCCACGGUCGAAUUCGUCAAACAGGAAAACCUACAGUCAGCAUCUAGCACUCCAUUCCUCAUGCAUGCUCUCCUAGCAUGCUGCGGAGCGGAGUUUCCGGCGGAAGACAUGCGCUAUCACAGGAUUGCGGAGAGGCACUACGCGAAGGCAAUUGGUGGGUUGCGGGAGCAUUUGGACAGUGGCACUGACUCGACGGUGAGACCUAUUGUGCUUUUGAUGGCUGUCAUUGUGCUUUGUAUCUACGAGCGAUCCAAACCCCGUCUCUCCAGAGGCGUUGACGUCCAUCUUCUCGGGGCAGCCCAGUUAAUCCAGUUACACCUCAAACAAGAAAAAACAUGUGUGCUCUCGAAAUCAGAUACGACCAUGCUUCAUCUCAUGCUCGAAGCGUUCAUAUUCCACGCUACAACUAGCAUCCCAUUCCAGCAGCCUUUUGUGCAGUCCGCAGUUAUUGAUUCCACCUUUCCACUAGCUGAGCGCGCGUUGGAGGAGUCAUCCCACCGUUCCGAAACAUGUCUUUACGUUUCUUCUAUCAUUGCAGUCCGGCCGAAGUUGUUUGGAUAUAUUCGUGAAAUAGUCUUGAUGCAUCAAAAGCAUUCAGUUGAGGGAGUUGAUAUAUUGCGAUGUUACGAACUGGAACGCAUCUUGGAUUACUGGGAUGGGGCCCUGAUAAUGAAUCGAACUCCGUUCCCUCGUUCACCUUCAUAUCACGGGGCAAGACCCGAUCCUUUUUCACUAGGUCCCAGACUCUACAUCCUAGCAUCGAGAAUCCUCUUAAGACACUUGAUCAGUUUUUCAUCCAGUUCAACCAGUAUAACCAUACACACAGAUACACACAUCCCAUCCCUAGUCUCCAAUGGGAUUUUCCUUAUCACCCAACUGCAACCAUCUACAGACUACUACGCCGAGUAUUACUGCUGGCCGAUUCUGGUGGUGGGAAUAUCGACUGUUGAUCGGCUCGACCGAGAGUGUCUGUUAUCACAGGUUAUGGCAUUUUGGAAAGCGACUAGGAAUGGGACAAUGCGACGGUUGGUGGAUAUAUUGACGAGGUAUUGGGGAGAUGGACAUAUGAGCGUCAAUGUUUCCGAUAUGGAAGUUUUUCUGGAUUAA